GGAAAACUAAGUGUUAAAAGCCAAGCAAAUGCAAGUGAAUAUAUGAGGGAUAUAAUUGAAACGGAAUGCAUUGCCUGUGUAGAUAUGUAAAACGCAACGCGUGUGCAGUGCAAGGCGAAAUAUAGCAAAGCAAACAAUACCAGCAGGCUGGCGACAGCAGCAACAGAAGCAGCAGCAGAAACAGCAGUAGAAUCAGAGGCCGAACCGACGUGAAAGAAAAACGACGCAUGCAGAAGAAAAAUGCCGCAGCCGCGCUGAUAAUUAGCGAAAAGUGUUUGAAUUGCAAAAAGCGCAGCAUAAGGAGAUUCUUGUCGGUUCAUUGACUAAGCAGCGAUAUCGACAAGCUACAACAACAACAGCAAUAAUAACAAAAGGAAGAAGAAGCAUAACAGACCCAAAGGAAAAUCAAACAACAAGCUGACAUCUCCAGCUCGAGACUGCCGAAAGAGUGAGAAUAGAGUGAAGAGACGAGUGAGCGAAAGCGAACGAGAGAGACAGAGUGGUAGAGGGAGAGGGAGGGCGCGAGUGCUGGUAGGGGGGCAUAACAUGAAUAACAGAGAUGCCAUCGGCACGUCCUGGUAGUCUCAAAGAUCCGGAAAUCGCCGAUCUAUUCUACAAACAUGAUCCGGAAAAGAUCUUUGAGGAUCUGCGAGAAAUUGGCCAUGGCUCGUUCGGUGCCGUCUAUUAUGCCCGCUGCAAUCUCAACAAAGAGAUUGUGGCCAUCAAGAAGAUGUCGUAUACGGGCAAGCAGAGCCAGGAGAAGUGGCAGGACAUACUCAAGGAGAUACGCUUCUUACGUCAAUUGAACAAUCCGAAUACAAUUGAGUACAAGGGCUGCUACCUGCGCGAAUCAACAGCAUGGCUGGUCAUGGAAUACUGCGUCGGCUCCGCCUCGGACAUCAUUGAGGUGCACAAGAAGCCGUUGCAUGAGGACGAGAUCGCUGCCAUCUGCAUGGGUGUGCUAAGCGGCUUGAGCUAUUUGCAUUCGCUUGGGCGCAUCCAUCGUGACAUCAAGGCGGGCAACAUUCUACUCACGGACAUGGGCGUGGUGAAGCUGGCCGAUUUCGGGAGUGCGGCCAUUAAGUGUCCGGCGAAUAGCUUUGUUGGCACGCCCUACUGGAUGGCGCCGGAGGUGAUACUGGCCAUGGAUGAGGGCCAGUACGAUGGCAAAGUGGAUGUCUGGUCUCUGGGCAUCACCUGCAUUGAGCUGGCCGAGCGCAAGCCCCCAUACUUCAAUAUGAAUGCCAUGUCCGCAUUGUAUCACAUUGCACAGAACGAGUCGCCCACGUUGCCGAAGAACGAUUGGUCGGACACGUUCUGCAAUUUCGUGGACCUCUGUCUAAAGAAGAUGCCCGCGGAGCGACCCUCGUCAACCAAAUUGCUGCAGCACGCGUACGUGACCCGUCCGAGAUCGGAGACGGUGCUGCUGGAGCUGAUCGCGCGCACCAAGUCGGCGGUGCGCGAGCUGGACAACCUUAACUAUCGCAAAAUGAAGAAGAUACUCAUGGUGGACACGUGCGAAACAGAGAGCGCUGUCGGCGAUACGGAUGAUCAGCAGGACGAUCAUGCUGGCGGUGACAGCAGCAAGAGCAAUAGUAUUACUUCCGAACACUCCAUACACUCGGUGGGUGUAUCGGCGGCCAGUAGUCAGAGCUCCUCGUCGAAUUCCAUACCGGCUGCAGCACAGAAUCACCAUCAUAUCGGAGCUCAUCAUCAGCAGCAGGUGGCUGCCGUUGCGGCUGCCAUGCAACAUCAGAUGGAGCUGCAGAAGCAGCACUGGUCCAAUGCCCAGCAGCAGCAACAGCAACAACAACAGCAGCAACAGCAGGCGGGCGGCGCUGGCUGUGGAGCUGUCACACGCAAUUCGUCGCGUCAUCGCAACUUGCCGCCGCUGCCAAACAUAAUGCACACCAUGAACAACAAUGUGACGCCUACGAACUCGGCGUCGGUGGUGCCGGCGCCAGCGCCAGCGCCGCCUCUAUCGGUGAUGUCGCAUCUGGGCGUGGCGCUAGGGCAUGCCAAUAGUAGCGUCGGUGGCGGCGGCGGUGGCGGCAGCAGCACUGGCGGCUCACCGGCUGGCGGUGAUCAUCGCUUGACUGGAAAACAGCCGCGUUAUCUAUCGACACCAGCUGCCCAGGCGGCUGUCUAUGCGGCCACAUCAACAUCCUCCCAGCAGGCCAUCUCCAAUGCUGUCAACGAUCAUGGACCCAAUAAUUUUGCCACCAUACGAACGACGAGCAUUGUGACCAAACAGCAGAAGGAGCAUAUGCAGGAGGAGAUGCACGAACAAAUGUCCGGAUACAAGCGAAUGCGACGAGAGCACCAGGCGACGCUGAUGAAGCUCGAGGAGAAGUGCAAAGUGGAAAUGGAGACGCACAAAGCAGCGCUGGACAAAGAGUAUGAUAAUCUAUUGAAUAACUUCACCAGAGAAUUGGAACGGCUUGGGGCCAAGCAUCAACAGGACUUGGAGCGACGCGCGAAACAAACGGCAGCGGCCGAGAAGAAACUACAUAAAGAGAUUACGUUGAAGCAGGAAAACGAUCGCAAGCUGUUCGAUUCGACUCGCAAAAAGGAAUACAAAGCGAACAAGGAGCGCUGGAAACGCGAACUGUCGAUGGACGAGUCAACGCCAAAGCGUCAACGUGAUUUAACUUUGCAAUCGCAAAAGGAUAAUCUAAAGCAGCACGAGGCCCAAGAGGAGCAGCGCAUGAUACAGGCCCAGAAGCAAUUUGUUGAGCUCGAGAUGCGGAAAUUCAAGCGAAGACGCAUGAUAUUGCUGCACGGACUGGAGGAUCAGUUGUUACGUGAUGAGCUGAGCAAGAAGCAACAGCAGCUGGAACAGGCUCACGCCAUGCUGUUGAAACACCACGAAAAGACACAGGAGUUGGAAUAUCGCCAGCAGAAGAGCGUACAUCAAUUGCGCGAGGAGCAGAUUAACAAGCAGCACGACACGGAGUUGCACAAUCAAAAAGACUAUAUGGAACGCAUUACGAAGGAGCUGCUGCGCAAGCAUGCGCUCGAGCUAAGACAACAGCCCAAAAGCCUUAAGCAAAAGGAACUGCAGAUACGUAAACAGUUUCGCGAGACAUGCAAAACGCAAACAAAACAAUAUAAACGCUACAAGGCGCAAGUGCUGCAGACGACACCCAAAGAGCAACAGAAGGAGGUUAUCAAGCAGCUCAAAGAGGAGAAGCAUCGCAAGCUCACGCUGCUGGGUGAACAGUAUGAACAAAGCAUUGCCGACAUGUUCCAAAGUCAAAGUUAUAAACUGGACGAGAGUCAAGUGAUCGAGUGCCAACGUACCAAUGAGCAAUUGGAAUACGAACUGGAUAUGCUCACAGCCUAUCAGAACAAGAACAAGAAGCAGGCGCAGGAGCAGCGCGAUCGGGAGCGUCGUGAACUCGAGAAUCGCGUUAGCGUGCGGCGUAGCCUAUUGGAGAAUAAGAUGGAUGCCGAAUUGCAACAAUUCAAUGUGGAGCGUGCCGAGCGUUUGCGCAUGAAACAUGAGAAGCAUGCUAAAGAAUUGGAAGCUUUUGAUAAUGAGUCAAUAGCACUAGGUUUCAGCACUUUAUCCCUAACUGAGGUAUCACGCGAGACCUAUCCGGAUGAGGAGGGUAGUUUGUCGGGUUCCAUGAUUAGUUUAGCGCAUAGCAAUAGUUCAACAAGUUUUCCGGCUGGUUCGCUAUAGCAUAGGGAACAACAGCAGCAGCAACAAAACCAACACCAACAACAACAACAACAGCAACAGCAACAACCAUAUAGUAAUAUGAACUAUUAUAAUUUUAAUAGAAAUUUUAAAACAAAUAACACUGCGACAACAGUAACAGAUAGAGCCGGACACAAGCAACUAUAACAAUUACAAAUAACAUAACAAAAAGCAUAAUUUAUAUAUAAAUAUAUACAUAUAUUUAUGUAUAUAUAUAUAUGCAGAAGCAUUCGUUGUUUUUGUAGCAUCAUUCUAAACUAAAAUACGUCGAAAAUUUAUGAAACUAAAGUAAAUUAAACAAAGAAGGAAAGAAAAGAAUGCAAAUGAAAAUUUUGCAUAAUGUUGCCACAAAAUGAAGCUGCAAUAGUUUUUGUAUUCUAACGUAAUCAAUUCAAGCAACAACCAUAUGAUAAUACAUUUAACACAAUU